AUGGCGUUGAACCACGCGAGCCACAACCCCGCGGGCGAGAAGACGGGGCCCGUCACUGGACAGCCACCGCCACCAUCCAAUGAGACCAAGGCCGCACUGAUGGAGGCAGCCAAUGGCGACCCCAAAGGCCAAUCCGCACCUGGCAAGGACGGCGGUGAUGUUGAUGGCGCGAAGAAGGAGAAGUCAGAGCGUGAGCUGGCCAAAGAACGUGUCAAGRCGGAGAAGGCGGCCAAACUAGCGGCGAAACUGGAAAAGCAAAAGGCAAUGGCAGCCGCAUCAAAGCCCAAAGAGAAGGAAAAGAAACAGCAGGAGAAGUUGGCGCCAUACAAGGAGGAUACGCCCAAGGGCGAGAAGAAGAUCCUCAAGCCUCUCGAUGAUGAAUACCACAAGGCCUAUAUCCCAUCCGUCGUGGAGAGUGCUUGGUAUGACUGGUGGGAGAAGGAGAAGUUCCACGAGCCCGAGUUCGGUGCCGACGGGGAGGUCAAGAAGAAUGGAUACUUUGUCAUUUCCAUCCCACCACCAAACGUCACCGGCAACCUUCAUAUUGGCCACGCACUAGCAACGGCUCUGCAGGACUCUAUGAUCCGCUGGAAUCGCAUGAAGGGAUUGACCGUGCUGUACGUGCCCGGUUGCGAUCACGCUGGUAUCUCCACCCAGAGCGUUGUCGAGAACAUGCUCUACAUGAGACGCAAUGGUAUGACUCGUCACGACUUGGGCAGAGAAAAGUUCGUCGAGACCGUGUGGGAGUGGAAGGAGGAGUAUCACAGCAAGAUCAACAAGGUCAUGCGGCGUCUGGGAGGCUCAAUGGACUGGACGAGAGAAGCGUUCACAAUGGAUCCCAAUUUGUCCUCUGCCGUACGUAAGUCGUUCGUGGAGCUGCACGAGGAGGGUCUCAUCUACCGAGCAAACCGUUUGGUGAACUGGUGUACCAAGCUCACAACCGCUCUGUCAAAUCUGGAGGUCGACCAAAAGGAGCUUGAAGGCUCGACGAAGCUUGACGUUCCGGGAUACGACAAGAAGAUCGAAUUCGGUUCCAUCUGGAACUUCAAGUACCCUAUCGAUGGCACUGAUAAGACGAUCGAGGUGGCCACUACCCGUCCAGAGACCAUGCUUGGUGACAGCGGUGUAGCAGUGCACCCUGAUGACGAGCGAUACAAGGACUUUGUCGGCAAAUUUGUGAAGCAUCCAUUCGUUGACCGUCUGCUACCCAUCUUCGCCGACAGCACGGUUGAAAAGGACUUUGGAACCGGUGCUGUGAAGAUCACACCUGCUCAUGACUUCAACGAUUUCAAGCGUGGCAAGGAGCACAAUCUCGAGUUUAUCAACAUUCUGAAUGAUGAUGGCACAAUGAACUCCAAUGCUGGCAUUUUCGAGGGACAGAAGCGCUUCGACGUGCGGUACACCGUCAUUGAUGAGCUGACCAAGCUUGGUCUGUACGUCGGCAAGGCCGACAACAAGAUGUCCAUCCCGUUGUGCAGCAAGUCCAAGGAUGUCAUUGAGCCAAUUCUCAAGCCACAGUGGUGGAUGCACAUGAAGCCUUUGGCCGAGCCCGCUAUUGAGGCCGUCCGGAGCGGUGAGAUCAAGCUUCGUCCAGAGUCGUCUGAGAAGACGUACUACCGCUGGAUGGAAAAUAUCGAAGACUGGUGCUUGUCACGUCAGCUUUGGUGGGGACACCAGGUCCCCGYUUGGUUUGUCAAGUUGGAGGAUGGUCCAGCUUAUGAUACCGAUGCCGACUACUGGAUCUGUGCCAAGACUGAGGAGGAAGCGCGGGAAAAGGCCGAGAAGAAGUAUCCUGGCAAGAAGUUUGAGCUCGAGCGGGAUCCCGACUGUCUCGAUACAUGGUACUCUUCCGGACUCUGGCCUUUCUCGACUCUGGGAUGGCCAAACAACACCAACGACUUCGCAAAGCUUUAUCCAACGUCUGUACUUGAGACAGGCUGGGAUAUUCUUUUCUUCUGGGUUGCGAGAAUGAUCAUGUUCGGACUGAAGAUGACCGGAAAGGUUCCAUUCACAGAGGUGUACUGCCAUUCCCUCAUUCGUGACUCAGAAGGCCGUAAGAUGUCCAAGUCUUUGGGCAAUGUCAUCGAUCCCGUCGACAUCAUGGAUGGUAUCACGCUGAACGAGCUCAACGAAAAGCUCCGCGUUGGCAACCUUGCCGCCAAGGAGAUCGACCGUGCUGUCAAGUGGCAAAAGUCGGCUUUCCCGGAGGGAAUUGAUGAGUGUGGUGCUGAUGCGCUGCGAUUCUCCCUUGUCAACUACACAACCGGCGGAGGUGACAUCAACUUUGAUGUCAAGGUCAUGCGCAGCUACCGUAACUUCUGCAACAAGAUCUACCAAGCAACAAAAUACGUCCUGGGCAACCUCCCCAAGGAUUUCACACCCGCCGCCAAGGAUGCUGUCGCCAAUGCGAGAAGUCUUCCAGAGCGCUGGAUUCUCCACAAGAUGACCAUUGCCGCUCGUGACGCAAAUGACGCCAUGUCCAAGCGUGAAUUCUCCCGCUGCACGCAAUCCAUCUACAACUACUGGCUCUACGAGCUGUGUGAUGUCUACAUCGAGAACAGCAAGUCCAUCAUCCGCGACGGUACUGCAGAGGAGAAGGCCAGCGCGAUCGAGACGCUCUACACUGCUCUCGAAUCUGCGUUGACCAUGAUUCACCCCUUCAUGCCUUUCCUCACCGAGGAACUCUGGCAGCGUCUCCCGCGCCGCCCUCAGGACACCACCCCAUCUAUCGUUCGUGCCUCAUACCCACAGUACGAUGCCACCCUCGACGACCCCAAGUCCGAGCGUGACUAUGAGCUGCUUCUCGGAUGCUCCAAGGGCGUUCGAUCUCUGCUCAACGAGUACGCCAUCAAGGAAGGUGGCAAGGCAUACGUCCACACCCUCAACGAUGAGGCUUACCAGACCGCACACGUCGAGCUUUCCGCCAUCAAGACCUUGGCAGGCAAGGCGCUUGCCGAGAUCAAGCUGUUGACGAAGCAGGAGGCCGUACCCAAGGGUACCAUGGUGUACCCCGUCAGCGCUGCUGCCGCCGUCUACGUCACCAUCAACGGCAACAUUGACCCCACAAAGGAGAUCAACCGUACCAAGCCGAAGUUGGAGAAGACCGCCAAGGAGGUCAACGAUCAGGAGCAGUUGAUUGGCAGUAUCGGUGAGUCUGUCAGUCAGGAAGUCAAGGACAAGGAGCAGAAGAGAUUGGAAGAUCUGUUGAGUGAGCAGAAAUUGUACGAGCAAUGUCUCGCGCGGUUCGAGGAGAUGAAGCUUUGA